GUAGUCUGUCUAAUCAUCGAGGGUUCAAAUCGGGUCAGAGUCGGGUUAGAGUCGGGUUGGGGUGAACGCUUUUACGGUGGAAACACCAAAGGUUUAGUUGAACUCUACCCUACAAAAUUUUAGGGUAGCGUUCAAUUGGGUUCGGUGGAAACGACAAGAGUCGAGUUCGUGUUGCCAACAUAACAAAUCCAAAUUGCAUUGUGUAUCACGUGUUGUAUUAAUCGGUGUAGAAGAGGUUAUUAUUACUUUUUAAUAUGGUAGUUGACUUUGUGCAGUUGGUAAUGUUCAACCCUGCCGCAACUCCAACCCGCUACUCAAACCCGACUCUAACCCGACUCUGACCCGAUUUGAACCCUCGAUGGAAACGUAGUCAUUGAACGAUGGUUUCAAGAGUGAAUUGAAAGUAAUUGAAAUUUAUCGAGAAAGUGCAGUAACAACGAUUUAUAAAAUUCCCUAGAAAUUUGGAAACAUGUAUCAUACUGACAGAUUUGUUAUGAACUUUAUUUAUAUAAGUAUUAUUUAAACUUUGGUUAAUUUUGUAUUUUUGGAAAAAUUCAAAUACAUUAAAAAAGAUAUUACUCAUUGAAGGUACUAUUAAACAAGUAUUAAGGAACAUGAUACGAAUUUAGUAAUUAUAUUUUGUAUAUUAUUUCAUUCGCUAAUGAAAUCAGCAUUUUGAGAUAUAGUCUGAUUAAUGUUACACAAAUAAACGGCCUAACAAUGAUAGAAUCUUCUGCGUGGAACUCAAGAAAGGAUGAAACCAUAUACAAAGCAGCUGGUGCAAUACAUUUACGAAAGUAUGGAGAAUUUUUGGAUAACUUAGCAGAAAAGACAUGGAAAAAGGAUUCCACAUUGGAAUAUUUUAUGGAAGGUCCUCUUCGACUUAUAUAUAAACCCAUUGAAGAUAUUAGUCUUAUGUGUUUAAUAGAAAUGGAAAAUAAAUUUCUAUCAAAAUUGCUUGCUGCUGUUGCUGGGACAUGCAGAGAAAUUAGACUUCUAGAAAUGGAAGCUAAAACUUUUUAUAAAAAGUUAUUUACUCAUGGUGAAAGAGACAUUGAGGAUAAUCAGUAUAAUAUUACAUCUCUUCUGUCUGAUUUGCAAGAUCUAUUUGUCUUUGUAAACAGAAUAUGGACAGUGGCACGUUUAACUACUGAACAAUUAUCUAGUCUAUCAAGCGAUACUAAUGAUGUUUAUUUACCUGUAUUAAUAGAACAUUUCAUCAAUCUGUUUGUAAUUGUUUUAACAUUAGAUGAAAUUGUUGAAUCUCAACCAUCAUUAUUGGAGCAAUGGAAAAAGUAUAGAAUACAAGUACGUUCUGUUAUGCAUAAUCCAUUGCAAUUUGGCAUCAGUGAAUCAAAGCUUCAUACAUUUGAUAAGUUGCUAAAAGAUUUACAAGAACAGUUAUUGAAGAAAGUUUUAUUUAUUAAAACAGUUGAACAUUUAAUGGAUGUAAGCAAAGGACCUGUGAUGAGCGAACAAAUUACUAGCUAUUUGAAAAACUUAAUGUCAGAUAUAGAAAAUAAAUCUAAUGAUAACAUGGCAUUGAACAAAAAUUGGAUUAGGGUAAACAUUGGCAUUGUUGUAGUAAUAAAAUUAUUUGGCACGUGUGAUAAAAGAUUAAUUAAACGAGUGCUUGAGAAUAAUAAAAAGUUUUAUGCUGUAACUUUGAUUGGAAAUGUUAUGUGGAUUCCAAGCAAAUUUUUAAGUGAUUUCUUACCAAAGGAAAUUGGAAAUGUGAUUAGUUCACAAGUGGGUGAAAAGAUAUUGUCUGUAAGGACACAAAAACUAUCUCAGACUGUGAACAAUUUGAUUCAUAGAGCAGUAACAUGGUGCAUUGAAAUGCAAAAUCUUCUUAUAAAGACUGGUCCUCAGGUUUCAGAUUUGUUGAUUGGUCAAAAACAGUCCUUACUUUUAGAUUUAGUUAAUCUGCUAUCUCAAAUUAAAGAAAUCAUAUCUUUUAUAAUGAAUAUGCAUGCAACUCUUAUUAAACCUAUGAAUCGUAAUACUGUCCAGUUAAUAUGUAGACUAAUAGAAGUACAAAAAUCUUUGCAAACUAUAUUUUACAUGUUGGGACCAGUAAUAGUGCAAUCACAAAGCCAAGUAGUACAGUAUUUGAGUUAUUAUAUUUUAACUAUAUUAGAAACUGCAAGAAGAAGUUUAACUCAAAAAGAUAAAGGCUACAGUAAAGAAAAAUUAGAUGCAUUAUCAUUGGUAGGUUUAAGUAUGAGAUUAUUGAAUGGACCAGCCAGUGCAGAUAGAAGAUUAAUAAUCAGAUGUGCUCUAGCAUGUGCUAGUCAAUUAACAGAUACUUUUAAAGAAGAAGAUAUGAUUAAAUUAAGAUUUUUAUUAGAUAGUUAUGAUACUAUCGCCGAAUUGCAUAAUAUUAUUUCUGAAUUCUGUGAUUAUUCUAUAUUAAUGCAUCAUCAAAACAUAAUUCCGGCUUAUUUUUCUUCUGUUACAGACAGUAAUUUAAGCAUAAAUCAUAUCGUUCAUUUGUUUAAUGCAUUUAACAGUACUAUCAGUGAACAAGAAGGAUUAGAUUUAAAGAAGAAAAGAAUCAUACAAUUAAAAGAAAUGUUAACUAAAAAUAUAUUAGAACCUGUUUGUCAUGAAAUUGAAACGAAUUUAAGACUUCAUGUUCAUGCACAUUUAAAGUUGGAUUCUACUAAUCCAUUUAAUAUUGGAGCAAAAGAUGGUGGGAGAAUAGUACGAUCAUUGCCAUUACCUCUGGCUAGCAGUAUGAUAUAUGCCAAACGAUUUGUUGAACAUUACCUUGAUGACAUGUUUUAUAAUCUUACAACAGUAGCAUUACACGACUGGAAAACAUAUAGAAUGAUGCAUGCCCUUGCCUAUUAUAAACUAAAUCUUGAUACUGUACAAAAUCAUUUACCUACACAAACUUUGGAACAAGGCUUAGAUGCUUUAGAAAUUAUGAGGAAUAUUCACGUAUUUGUUUCAAAGUACCUAUAUAAUUUAAACACACAAACUUUCAUUGAACAUACAAGUAAUAAUAAACAUUUAAAUACCAUUGGAAUUAGACACAUAGCAAAUUCUAUUAGAACACAUGGAACUGGUAUUAUGAGUACAACAGUUAACUUUGUAUAUCAAUUUCUUCGCAUAAAGCUACAUACAUUUUCACAAUUUCUUUUUGAUGAACACAUUAAAUCGCGAUUAAUGAGGGACAUUAGAUUUAUUAAAAUUCAGAGAGAAAAUGGAGCAACACCUUAUACAUAUGAAAGAGCAGAAAAAUUUCAAAAAGGAAUCAGAAAAUUGGGUAUGAUGCCUGAUGGUUUAAGUUAUUUGGACCAGUUUCGACAGUUGGUAACUCAAAUUGGAAAUGCAUUAGGAUAUGUACGAUUAAUUAGGUCUGGUGGAUUACAUGCAAGUUCCAAUGCCAUUUCAUUCUUGCCAGAUAUUAACUCAUCUGUACCAUUUGAAUUGAUGUGUAAAAAUUUAAAGUAUAGUACAACCACUCAAGCUGCAGCAAAAUGUUUAGAAAAUGAUAUUGCAAAUUUGGUUCGCAAUUUUACAGAGGGUAUACAGUAUUUCAAACUUCUUGUUGAUGUAUUUGCUUCUGCUUUUCGAAGUACAGAAUCCCACCAUCUACAACAAUUUUAUGCUAUUAUACCUCCAUUAACGUUAAGUUUCGUAGAUAACUCAAUAUCAAAUAAAGAAAAAAUGUUUAAGAAAAACCAAACAGGUGCAGCUUUUACUGACGAUGGUUUUGCAAUGGGAAUUGCAUAUAUAAAUGCCCUUUUAAAUCAGUCAUCAGAAUUGGAUAGUCUGCAUUGGUUCAAAACAGUUGAACAGCAUAUAAAUGCUGAAAAACAGGCUGCAGAAAAUAAAACUGAUCACGGGGAUGAAAAAUUACAACAAACCAGGGCAUUAACUUUGAAACGUUUAGCAGAAAGAAGUGCUGAAUUUCAAUUAUUGUAUUAUAGCUUAUCAGGAGCUAGAGUAUUUUUUAAACAGUCCGAUACGUAACACUUCAGAAU